CGUUCAACGCCCAUUUCUCUCGGUCAAGAUGGCUUCUCCGGCGAGUCUGUUGCGGUGUUUGCGACCUGUCACCCUCGCUUUUAAAACGGGCGGUCACGGUAACGGGGUGCUUUCGGGAUCUCCUCGGCGCACGAUCGGGGUGCGCACACCCGGGCGGGUUUACAGCUCCCGGAGCAGCCUGUACCAGCAUGCCCGGGAGGGAUACAGCGACAGACCCGAUUUGGACAUGCAGUAUGUGUGCAGACGUACGGAGGAGGUGAUCAGAAACGUGGAGCUCCGAAAAGGGGAGCUGGGGAAGCAGGACGUGCUGGAAAUAGUGUCCUUGUGGCAGGAGCUCCAGUCAGUACAGUCCGAUAUCGCCCGGCUGGAGCUGCAGAAGCAAGAUGUCAGUGAGCGAGUGAAGGCUCUUGUGGAGCGUCAUGACAAAAAGCUUCUCCCGACACUCCUGGAGUACCAGGUCUUGCGGACGGAGGGGAGGUCAAUUCGGCAGCGUUUGAAUGACCUGCACCCCCGAGAGAGAGAGCUGGACGAGAGCUUCUACACACGGGCACUGAGACUGCCCAACCGUACCCACCCCCACACUCCAAUCGGAGACGAGAGUCAGGCACGGCUGGUCGAGACAUUCGGACAGAAGGCCGAUUUCGACUUUAAGAUUAAGGGCCAUUUGGAAAUUGGAGAGGACCUGGAUAUAAUCAGACAAAGGCGCCUGGCUCAUGUUUCAGGUCACAGGUCCUAUUACCUGCGGGGGGCCGGUGCUCAGCUGCAGUACGCCCUGCAGAGCUUCGUACUGGACAAGCUGCUCAGAAAGGGUUUUAUUCCAAUGGCAGUCCCAGACAUGCUCAGGGGAGCUGUGUUUGAAGGCUGUGGGAUGCAGCCCCACUCUCAUUCCUCCCAGGUCUAUGCGCUCGACUCCUCCAGGUUCCCUGAUCUCAACCUGGCCGGCACGGGGGAGGUUGGCAUUGCAGGAUAUUUUAUGGACCACGCAGUGAACAUCAAGGACUUGCCGGUCAGGACAGUGUGCUCCAGUACCUGCUACAGAGCUGAGACAGACACUGGACGGGAAGCUUGGGGCCUGUACAGGGUGCACCACUUCAACAAGGUGGAGAUGUUUGGCGUCACGGCUGACGAGAGCGGUCAGGAAAGCGCAGAGCUGCUGGCAGAGUUUGUCUCCAUUCAGAAGGAGAUCUUCUCUGAGCUUGGGAUGCACUGCAGAGUGCUGGACAUGCCCACCCAAGAGCUGGGGCUGCCUGCCUACAGGAAGCUUGAUAUUGAGGCCUGGAUGCCAGGCAGGGGCAAGUUCGGAGAGAUCUCAAGCGCUUCGAACUGCACAGAUUAUCAGAGCCGCAGGCUGAAUAUCAUGUACCACGGAGACAACGAGCGGCUCAAGUAUGCACACACGGUGAAUGGAACUGCCUGCGCUGUACCCAGGACUCUCAUCGCUAUACUGGAGUCGAAUCAGAACAAGGACGGCAGUGUGCGAGUUCCCCAGGUCCUUCAAUCCUUCCUGGGCUCAGAGGUGAUCGAGAAACCAAAGUACAGCCCGCUGAGAUACAUUGGACCGAACCAGCACCACCGGAGAGGAGAAAAGAGCUGAGCUGUGCAGACUGGGAAUGCUGGGGGGAGGGCUAGACUGGGAACACUGGGUGAGAGACGGGGAACGCUGGGUGAGAGACUGGGCACCCUGGGCAGAUAGACUGGGAACGCUGGGUGAGAGACUGGGAAUGCUGGCUGGAGCAGGGUUGUUAGUGUGAUUUCUGUUCUUGUCCAUUUCAGAGACUUUGUUGCUGUAACCCUUUCCUGUUCAGUCAGGCUCAGCCUAUCAGCUUGCCUGUUCCUUGUCGUGUAAAUAUGAAACAUUUUCACAAGUAAACACAGCUAUUGCUCAGAACUGUCUGUGCUAGUUGGUUUUUUUUAGUCUCUGUUGUUCUGUGUGCAGAAUGCUGUGUACAGAUCUAUAGAAACGCUAAGAGAAACUUAAUAAAUUCAAUGACAAGCGUUUCCAUUAGAAGUCUUUCUCAAUGUCUUUGCUUCUAGUCAAACGGAGAGACAGGGAGGGAGGGGGAGAGCGAGAUCUUUUAGGAAUGGCAGCGAUUUUAAAAGGAGUUUGGAUUGGUGAGUGGCGUUGACCCCGGUGUCUGUUAGUGUCAAGAGCAGCUGGCAGGCAUGGAGCUCAAAUCAAGCUUAAAACACAUUGCAUCCUUCUUUUUCUUUUAUUCUUAUUGGGGUUGAAUUAUUCUUAUUUUUAAUCUUCACUCAGGAUCAAAACCUUUGCAACUCGGAGAUAAAUUCAGUGUAACUUUCAUGACACACGUUUCCACUAGAAGUCUUUCUUAAAUAUUAAUUAAGGUCCUUGUAAUAUUUCUAAAUGCAGUGUUUAGUAGUUAAUGAUGAGUGGGAAUCAGAGUGAUGCUGUCUGUAGUCCUGCUGCAUGUGUGCUGCGUGUUGUCUUUUGUGUUUUACUAAAGCACGGUCAGGAAUUGUUUGUCCAGUACUGUUUUAACGUCCCACCAGACUAACACAAGCAUAUACAAAAUAAAACAUGACCAAGUGCUUUGAUGUACAUAUACAGUUAUUGUAAUAUGAUGUAUAAAUAAAUAUAUACAGCACAGAAAA